AUGGCAGGAGGACAAUGGCAACAUGGACUUUUUGGAUGCUUUGAUAACUUAGGAUUAUGCAUCAUCUCUUAUUUUGUGCCUUGCUACCAGUUUGGGAAAAAUGCCGAAGCGAUGGGAGAGAGCUGUUUACUUUAUGGAAUUGGGCUGUUUGUUCCCUUGUUGGACAUUUAUCUUGCAAUUACACUCAGAGGAAAGAUUAGAGAUUCAAAGGGAAUAGAAGGAGGCUGUGUUGGUGACUUACUAACUUGGUGUUUUUGUGGAAUUUGUGCAUUGGUCCAAGAGGCUCAAGAGGUUCAGGAUAUCCGCGUCGGCGGGAUGGCAAUCGAGCGGGAAUAA